ACAAUAGUAGUAUUCUUCCAUGCGCCGCUCGUUGCGGUUCUACUGUACUGGUGGCGACCGUAUCUGUACCAAGCAGGCAUCGGCUUGAAACAGACGCCACCACAUCAUGGAACAUCCGAUGCACUUUCACCGCCGGAUCCCGGUCACACGGAUCUCUCGGUAAAGCUGUCCUACUCAACGCUUCAUAUGUACGAAACGGCGGCCAUCUGCUCAGAUUCGGACAUCUGCAGUAACAUCGGUCGAGACCUGUUGAAACGGAAUGGAUCCGCAGUUGACGCCACUAUCGGUACCAUGUUCUGUGCCGGGCUUACCAACCUGCAGUCGAUGGGCUUGGGCGGUGGAUUCGUGAUGAACAUUUAUCGACGCCGGGAACGUCGUGCCUACACGCUGGAUGCUCGUGAAAUUGCAGCGGGCCAGGCAGUGGAAGAUAUGCAUCUGCACGAUCCCAGCACCACAAACGAAGGUCCACUGUCGGUGGCUGUACCCGGUGAGCUGAAGGGUUACUGGGAAGCACAUCAGCGAUUUGGCCAUCUGCCCUGGAGCGAAGUGUUACGUCCCACGCAGGAACUCUGCCGGCGCGGUAUACCAAUCUCCAAACACAUGCAGGAUUCACUAUCGUUCAAUUCCAAAGCGCUCACCGACGGGCAGAUCAGGGAACUUUUUACAGAUCCAACAACCGGAAGGCGAAAGCUACAGGGGGAUUUCAUACGACCAACAAAGCUGUGCGACACACUCGAUCAAAUCGCAGUAGAGGGUGGUGACACGCUAUAUCUGGGUAAACUAGCGAACGAAUUUGCCGCGGAUCUUCACGAUAUGGGCAGCAUCAUCACGGUGGAUGACUUACGGAACUAUAGUGUUCGGUGGAAUGAUUCCAUACCAAUCGAUCUGGACGGGGACACGAUGUACGUGGUGCCACCACCGGCAAGCGGUGUCUUGCUAGCAUUCAUCAUGAACAUCCUCAAAGGUUAUCACUUCCAGCCGGACGAUGCACGCAGCAUCGAGGAUACUAUCCGUACGGUGCAUCGUAUCGUGGAGGCAUUCAAGUUUGCAUACGGCAAACGAACGGAAAUCGGAGACCCUCGGUUUGUAGAUGUUGCCGAGCUUACGUCUAAUCUUACCUCAGUGGCGUACGCAGAAGUCAUCAGGACACGUAUAGAAGACGCACUAACGCGAACGGAACCAGCAGACUAUGAUGGUUUCUUCUUUACGCCGAACAAUGACGGUACCGCACACAUUUCAGUGCUAGCACCAUCUGGAGAUGCAGUGUCGGUGACCAGUUCGGUGAACUUUUACUUCGGGGCAGGCCUGAUGGGGCAGCGUACCGGCAUCAUCGUGAACAGUGGCAUGGAUGACUUUUCGUCGCCCGGUUUGCGUAACUACUUCGGACUACCUGGCUCAAAGGCAAACUUUAUACGACCUCACAAGCGAGCACUUUCGUCUAUGUCACCCACGAUUGUGACGGAUCUGGCACACAACGUUAAGCUGGUAAUUGGAGCAGCCGGUGGGACUAAAAUUACCACGGCCGUCGCACUGACCAUAAUGCGCGUGCUUUGGUUUGGAUAUGACAUCAAGGAAGCGAUCGAUGCACCACGAUUUCAUCAUCAACUCAUCCCAAUGGCAAUACAGUACGAGUACGGCAAUCUGGAUCUCAUCGUUAAGGGAUUGCAGAGCAAAGGACAUCGAACGACACGCUACCGAGAGCGUGGCUCGAUUAUUUGUGCAAUCGCCCAGAAUGCUUCGGGGGUGUAUGCGAAUGCUGACUACCGUAAAGGUGGUGACGUGGCCGGAUACUGA